AUGUCAUUGAUUGGCAAGGAUCCCUGUGACAACACAUCGGCUCCAACAUAUCUCUCGUUCUCUACUGCGUCUACAUCGAUUUUUAUCACCGUUGUUGCUUCCGUUGGCAACUCGUUGGUUGUCCUUGCUGUGUUAUUGAACCCAAACAAAGAUCUGCGUUCGCCGUUUAUCUACUUUUUGGUGAAUCUUAGUGUAGCAGACCUCGUCGUUGGUCUCGUACUUGGCCCUUUGAGUACAAUGUAUCACAUCUUUGAGGGGGUCGGUACGCUUAGCCAAGGUUUUGAAGACGUGGUGCUCAUUAUUUAUUUUAUUUCAUGUACAGCGUCCCUUCUCAGCCUUAUAGCCUUGGUACUAGAUCGUUAUUGCGCUAUUACGUAUCCUCUGCAGUACAGAGCCAAACUUAGCCCCAUCAGAACUUUAUUGAUAUCCGUGGUGGUAUGGAUUAUCUCAGCUCUGCUUCCGAUGGUCUACUUCAUUAUUGGCUACAACAAAUUCCGCUUUGUAUUUGCCAACACUGCUAUAGCUAUCACCUUCGCUGUCUUGAUAUUCACCACUACCAAGAUUUUCAAGUAUCUGCGUUGCCAAGUACGGCAAUGGGACAGUCUGCAUGACAGCUCAGAGGAGAAUUUGGCUUUGAAACGAGCGGUGAAGUGGGAGGCUAAAAUAACCAAAACGUUGGUUAUCAUGCUAACUCUAUUUUUAGCCUUUUAUCUGCCUUCGUGUAUUUGUAUCUAUAUCAUAAACUUUUGUACUAGUUGUGAUUGUGUGUUUAUUCAUUGGGUCAGAGAUAUCCAGUUUGUUCUCGUGAUGGCCAAUUCAGGGGUAAAUCCUUUCGUGUAUGCGUGGAGAUUAGAAAAUUUCCGCAAAGCUUUCAAGAACAUUCUGAACUGUCAUGCUUGUUUAAGGCGACUGAGGUCAGUUUCGCGUUUGAAUCUACAAUUAUCGUCUGUAAACACAGACGUCUCCUCUUACAAUUCCGCUGGACAAAAUGGCAAUCUAGAGGAUAUAAAGCAGGCUUAGGAAAGAAUAUGAUUCACUUAUAACAAGAGGCUAUGUUAGACGAUAAAUUCUGGAGUAAAUUGAACUCCCGGCCUUACAAUUAUAUUGUAAAAUGUACUAUGUUGUGAUUUACAACUGGCCCUUAAGUUUUUGCCAAAGCUGUGAUGUAUACGAGUGGUAAUUACAACCAAAACUAAGAACUAUUUCGUUUCUUGAAUUUUUCAGUAUUUUUCACGGGUCAGCUCCUUUUAUUGGCAAGCUAGAGGAUUAAUGUUGACAAAAGGUGCCAUUGAGAUUUAAAAACCGAAAUUUCGGCUAUGCAUGAUUUAACCAAUUAAUUAAAAAUAACAGCCUGGUGCGCAAACAAUUUGAAAAUUUAAAGCAAACUAAAAGAAAUUCGUAUUCAUUUGAAUUAUUAAUUUACUUUUUGUAAACGAACACCCCUUCCUUAGUAUAUUAUUAAGCAAUUAUGUUAACCGGAUCACUUACAAAAGAAAUGCAAUUAGGGAACCAAGUGAACUGGCAAAAACAGCCUUAAAAGAAUAACAAUUGCGGAAAGUAAACUAGCUUAGCAAUAUCGUUUGAUUUUCAUUCUGAGCGAACACUAGAAAGUUGCAUUGCUUUUAUAGUGCUAACCAAUUCAUUGCUAUGCUGUUAUAGCUACAACUUCAAUUUCAACUUUAAUUUCAGAACAAUAUCAAUUUAAAGUGCAGGCUGAGCCGCAUUUAGCUGAAAAGGGCUUGUCGAGCAGAUUCUCUUUAGAACGAUUUGGCUCUGGUUUAGCCUACCUUUUGUGAGAGCUAUGGGAAUAAUAAAUACUUAAUAAGAACUCAGUGGUAAACUGUUGAUUUGAUGUUUCACAUCUAUGCCAAGAUUCGAGAACGCUAUGUAAACUUAAAGGAAUUUAUUAGUGAGUAGGGCUCUUGUCACAUACUUUGGAGCUUUUACAUUGCGUGAGAACUGAGGUCCCCUUCAACUGUAAGACAUGAAAGGGGGGAUGGGUGAUUGGGGAUGCGGGUGAUAACGUGACACUCCCCACAUCCCUCUUUAUUUUGUUUCCUUGUUGCCUUACUUCUAGAAGAUUUUAGCAUGUCGCUGGAAAUGAAUUCUUUUAUAUUGUGCGCUCUGGAGAUAUUAAAGGAGGUAUGACUCACGAUAAAUAUUUUCAACUGUUAUUUGGUAAAUAAGGCGGUUAGGUCUGCCUGUAUAUACUACUUCAUGCAAUAGGGUUGUAAUUAUUUUUAGUAGCUAUUUAAUCAGUCAAUCAGUUAAUAAAUUCCUUUAGCCCUUGUUGUUUAUUCUGCCGUUUUCUUCAUUAUGGGAUGGAUAUGAAUACAUAGGAAAAAUCUUCUCUUCGUUUCACACUAAAGGGCUGUUUAGUUGCCUUAAGUUCCUCGUCCUCGCAGAGAACUUGGUCAAAUUCAUAAUUUUUAGAGCAAGUCUUCUCCCUUUUCAAGGGCUCCUUGUCUUCCCAACAAGCAAACAGAUGGAGAGGAACACCAAAAUCGAAAAGGAGGCCUCGGAGAUCAAAUAAAAAGGGGAUCGAUAACAUUUUGAAAUAAGUUCGCACAGUGAACAAUAUUUUGACUUCAAUUGAUGACUGCGUUGCCGAUGUUCAUAGCUCAGUCGAGGAAAGAAAAGGGAAAAUCAAGAACCGCCAGAAGCUGAUCAAAAUUGCAGUUAGAAGUAAAGGCGGCGAUACGUGGCCCAUAAGUAGGAAUCAAUGGUCUCGCAUCGAAUUCAGUUUGAACUCUGGAGAGCUGAGAAAAUCUUGAUGGCAAGCCUUGAAAGCUUCUUCUUCCAACCCACCCCCCUCUUCUUCUCCCUCGUUCACGUCUCUAUACAACCCCCUCGAAUCAGCGCUAGUUUACACUUUUGCGAUCAACAUUUAGGCUGCUGCAAGUGUUUAAAUGUGUAAACAUCAAGAAACAAAAAGUUAGUCAAGGCGGCUUAGUCCUUUCUGACCUGGCUAGCUGAGCAUCAUUUGAUAUAUGACGGUACGCCGACUGAGUUGGUAAUUCCCCCAAGUAGCUAAGUUUGAUGCGUUUCCAAACCCUAAAAUCAGUACCUAUAUUUUCUAUGAAAAUAACUGUCCUCCAUACAUUUGCUAUGAUUACGAAAAGGAGAAUUUGUGUAGCAAUCAAUUUCUUCUCUUGCCUAUGAUCAUUUCCUUAAUGACAUUGAUGAUUGGGUCAAGAGUACACUGUACGAGGAAAUUCGAUAAUAGUCACUUUAGGGUUAAUUAAAUAUUCGUAUGGGUGUUUUUUCCCCUUGCAUCAGUUACUUAUCAUUUAUUUUACAAAAGUGAAACUUUGUUGACGUAAUUAAGUGACGUAAGCCAAGAAAAUAUAAGGUUAUAUUUCUCCAAUUUAACAGAUUUUUUUGGAUACCGAGAAAAUGGGAUAUUUGACAAUCAGAGGAAAACGAACUUAAAAAAACCCACCAAUGUACAGAAGGUAUUGCAGAAAAAGUGGAAAGAACAUCAGUGAAUUUGGUGCUAGUACAAUAGAAAAUAUUUACUAGUUUCAAAAAUCCAAUAAGUUUCUUUUCAGUCUAAAUGAGGAGACAGCUACACUUAUAAGUUAUUAAAUAUUUGCUUAACCCAUGCAAAAAAGGAAAUUGAAAAAAGGAACCGUUUCAUCAUAAAUAAUUUACACAUGAAAAGAUAUAUACUCAGCUGGCUUAGGUUUAAAACUCAUAAGAUCAUGAGGCAUUGUGAAAUUAGGCCAGAACCGUGAAAGUAAACGUUUCUCUCUUUUACCAGUUGUGUUUCUGACAUUUUUGGUCAUAGACUUCAACCUGCGCAACAAACUCAUACUUUUAAUAGUAUCUGCCUACACUAAAAGGGAACCUUAAGCUUCUUGCGAGGGAGAAAGUUGAAAUAAUGGUGAGCAACGAAAACUACUAAUGUGCGGAGCUUACGUCCUUUGAAAGGGAAAAGAGUUGUUUUUUGUUUGCGAGGAAGUUAAUUUUACGGAGGAUUGAGCAUGUUUCUAUUCUUCCAGAUCAAAAGGAAAGCGUUAAACGAGUUAGUUAUCACAGUUUCUUUCCCUCUACUGACAUUUUUGGAUUUUGUAUAUUUUAAUGCAAGUUGGGUUUUCGAGAAAAAAUGAGAGAGAAAGAGAGAGACUCAAGAAAUAAAUCAUUUAAGUCAAGCAAUGACUUAAGGUAGACAUUAGGAAGGAAUCGAACAACAUACAGAGCUGAAAUGCCAUGAGGUAAAUGACUAGGAGAAUACCUCAGAUAGCGCGAUGAGAUUUGCCCAUUCGCUAGCAUUGAGGCAAAUUUUCCAUGUUUUAUUUUUUGCUCGUUCUAAAAAUUCCAUUUUUUUUUUAAUUUCUAGAAAAUUAGGUGCUUAUGGUUAAAAUAAGAUUAAGGUCCACAAAAAUGAACCUUUUUAUUUAGUUUCAUGUUUAUCGCUCGCCGCUGAGGUUUGUUAAUACGUGUCAGGCUAGAUGGAGCGCAGAAUACUUUAGUCGAAUAUGAAUAAGGAAUGGUUGAAACUUGAGGUUUAUAAAAAAUCAAAAUGAAGGGAUGGCAUUGUAAAUGUUUCUUUUCAAGCUAGAGUGGCUAGAUCGAUUCCCGGGUUGAUACACGCGCAUGCGAUAAACACCAAACCAAAAUAGGAUCUUUUCUUUAUUUAUUCCUUUUCUAUUCCUUGAGGCGUUAUUAUAUCGAAGCGGUAAACUGAAAUUAUUACGUAAAGAAAUCACCUAAGUAUUAUGAUCAUAGCUUUAAAAUAAUCUCGAUUUUGGAAACGAGCACGUGUCAAUUAAAGGAACCAAAAGAAAGGUAAAAAUGAGCGAUAAAUUUUGGUUUGAAUAACGACUACAAGCUAGAUAACAUAAUCACAAAACAAGUUAUUGCUUACCAACGUUCGCGGGUCUUGAUUACUUUAUCGAGGACUACAGUCUAACUUGUCUUCUUUUCAAAAACGAUCUUGAUGACACGGAGUCUUAUCUUGAACUGAAACGCUAACUGUAAUUUUCUGUCAGAAAAGAACCAAUCACGGGGGCGUCAACCUAACCAGAAAAUAUUUCGCAGCUUUUCUCGGAAGCGGUAACACUUAGCUUCAACGGAAGCAGUUACAGGCAUCUUGAUGCUGCAUCUUUGUCUAAUUUGAAAACACUUUUUUUUAUUUUGGUUAUUUAUGCCUCUCUCAUAGGGCUCCUAGCGAAAGCCGACAAUUGCCAGCUUUUUUAAUAACGUCGUAUGUUGUACAACGUGGAACCAUCAGAACUGAAAUACAUUUGGAGAAGACAUUCUAGGUCUGAAGUGGGAAUUGAAGAAUAGUGAGUAGAAUUUUUUUUCUUAUAUUUUUAAACGUCAGUGUGUUUCAUACAGGUAACUUUUCCAGAACAUUGUGCAUAUUACUUGGUUAGAAAACGUGGUUUUGUCAAGUUCGUGUCAACGUUGUAUAAUUGUGCAAAGUAAGGUAUAGAACGUUAUUAUGAUAAAAAUUUAAGACUUAGACUUAAAUGUAAGAGUGUAGAUCGUAAUCCCCAUUAAUAUCAAACAAAAUUAUGGACAAAAGUGACGUAGGAAUGUCCGAAUUGUUUCUCGAUAUGAAAAAGAAAAUUGUUUUAAAAAAAAGUUAUGGUAUAUUCAUAGCGAUUGAUACUUACAUACACUUCUCUGAUCAAUCCAAUGCUGUAAAGGGCAAAACAACCGUGGUACUAAGUUAAUGGUCGUAAAAAAAAAAGAUAAAGAACUUUGAUCAGGUCUUGUAACUUAACUUCUGACCAAUGUAAAUAAUUUAAUACGGGUUCAUAGGGUCGAAAUGGCUUUGACUCGAUUUUAAAAGCGAUGAUUAUCUCUUUUCGAACUUAAUAUAUGCAUAAUAACUGUUAUUCAUGUUUGUCUGACACAUACUGGGGAACGGAAUGCAAAACAUGUAAACGUUCUAAGCGAUAUAACAAGAGUAUUAUUCAAUUGUGAUAAGUUGAAGGCAACAAAAUGUCAGGUUAACACAGAGAAAAUUUGAACAAAAUCUCCACUAAGUCAUCAUUUGUUGCCUUCAUGCAUCUUUUUUAUACUUAUUGCCGAAAACAAACCAACAAAAUGUCAAAUGUCAACAGAAUUUUGUCAUGAAGACUAAGCAACAGAGUAAAUGCCUCAAUGCUAUCUUGUAGACACACAUUCACCUACCUUACACUUUUUUGCACGGAAAUUGCGUUAUGCCGUAUGUACUAUCGAUUGUAUUUCUUUGCUUACCUGGUGCCCUUCUAGAAAUUUAAGGACAUACCAUGUAUUCGUUAAAGGGGUAAGUUUCUAAAGAAACUGUGGUGCUGCGUCGGUGGGAAAGUAUAGCAAGUAAUUUAGUGUUAACAACUGGGUUGAAAACGUAAAUUAGCCACCGUAAAGGGUAAAAAAGCUGACGUUUUGAGCGUUAGCCCUUCGUCAGAGCGAUAAAAUCAAUCGCUGAUCAAUCAAUAAUUUACGUUUUUAACCCUGUUGUUAACACUAAAUUACCAUGUAUUCGAUAACCUGUCGGCGAUAUUACUUUCAACUUUGAAGAUCUCUGGGUACUCAUCUAGAAGGGAAACUAGGGAAAUACCAGCAGGGGAGAAUCGAAUCACCGUAGGUUACCCGUAGGUAGGGCAAAUUUGGUGUCAUGUCAAAUUUAAACCGAUCGAACAUUAGCAAAAAUAUUUGUUGGAUUACUGACUAAAAUGAACAAUUGUGCUUCUUAAGGGAGUCUCUUUGGAAGACUGACAAAUUGCAAAUUUGUAGCUAGAAAUAUAACUCAGGGUUGCGUUUUGCGUAGUCUUUGCUGUAUAUGCGUUUUGUACUCAAGCUCCAGUGUGAAUUUGGCGUUGAGAACCAAAAGAAAAUCUUAGAAAUCCAGACAAGCCUUAAUCGACAGGUAAGUCACGAGAAAAAAUUUGAAAAAAAUCUCCACUUAGUCAUCAUUUGUUGCCUUCGUGCAUCUUUUUUAACACUUAUUGCCGAAAACAAACCCACAAAAGUCAAAUGUCAACAAAAUUUUGUCAUGGAGACUAAGCAAUAGAGUAAAUGUCUCAAUGCGAUCUUGCAGACACACAUUCAGCUACCUUACACUUUUUUGCGCGGAAAUUACAUUAUACCGUAUGCUCCACUAGGAAUUUAAAGGCAAUACCAUGAAUUUGAUAACCUGUCGGCGAUAUUACUUUCAACCUUGAAUAUCUUCCGGUACUUAUCCACAGGGGAAACUCGCCCUAAAAAUUGAUUGGGACUAACGUACGAAUAGUUUAGGGAAAUACCGGCAGGGGAGAAUUGAAUCACCGAAUUCGAAUGUUACCCUUAGUCGGGCAAAUUUGGUGUCAUGUCAAAUUUAAACAUCUGUUGGAUUACUUACUAAGAUGGACGCUUCCGCGCCCUAAGGAAGUCUUUUUUGGAAGUCUGAAAAAUUGCAAAUUUGUGCUCGAAAUAUGUACUCAGGGUCGCGUUUUGCUUAAUCUUUAAUAUAGAUGCGUUUUGUACCUAAUCUACAGUGUGAAUUAGGCGUUGAAAACCAAAAGAAAAUCCUAGAAACCCAGACAACACUUAAUCGAGUCAGUCACGUGUGACCUUUAACAUAAUUCUCGAUAUUAUCAGAAGUAGAAAGGCUUUUACUUAUAGAAUAAAUGAUGUGCAUGACUAAUUAUAUAUUCCCAUUAGCAAAUAAACUGAUUAUAAACGCUGGCCAGUUACUAGUUUCUUUAAGCUUUAAGAUGCUUUUUCAAUGUAUGUUAUUAUUGUCGCAUAUUCAGUUGAUUUCGCUUUUAACGAAAAUGAAAUGUUCGAGACAAAGAAAACCGGUAGUAUUAGUGUACUGUCGUGUUAAACCGGUAUUUAGCGCAACUGCGUUCCGAGAAUGAUCUGGCUUUAUCUCAGUGAAUUUGAAAAUUUGACAACGUUUAUGUAGCAAACAGCUUGAAAAGGAAAAGAAUCUUCGCUGCUAAGAUUACUUUCAGCAAAUUACAAUCCUGAGGUGAGGAAGUAGAAAUAAUGUCAUUAAUUGGCAAGUAUCCCUGUGACAACACAUCGGCUCCAACAUAUAUCUCGUUCUUUACUGCGUCUACAUCGAUUUUCAUCACCGUUGUUGCUUCCGUUGGCAACUCGUUGGUUGUCCUUGCUGUGUUAUUGAACCCAAACAAAGACCUGCGUUCGCCGUUCACUUACUUUUUGGUGAAUCUUAGUGUAGCAGAUCUGGUCGUUGGUCUCAUACUUGGCCCUUUGAGUACAGUGUAUCACAUCUUUGAAGGGGUCGGUAUGCUUCACCAAGGUUUCAAAGACGUGUCGCACAUUCUUUACUUCAUUUCAUGUACAGCGUCCCUUCUCAGCCUUAUAGCCUUGGCACUAGAUCGUUAUUGCGCUAUUACGUAUCCUCUGCAGUACAGAGCCAAACUUAGCUCGAUCAGAGCUUUAUUGAUAUCUGUGGCGGUAUGGAUUAUUUCAGCUCUGCUUCCGAUGGUCUACUUCAUUAUUGGCUUCAACAAAUUCCGCUUUGUAUUUGCCAACACUGCUAUAGCUAUCACCUUUGCUGUCCUGAUAUUCACCACUACCAAGAUUUUCAAGUAUCUGCGUUGCCAAGUACGGCAAUGGGACAGUCUGCAUGACAGCUCAGAGGAGAAUUUGGCUUUGAAACGAGCGGUGAAGUGGGAGGCUAAAAUAACCAAAACGUUGGUUACAGUGUUAACUCUAUUUCUUGUCUUUUAUCUUCCUUCGUGUAUUUGUAUCUAUAUCAUAAACUUUUGUACUAGUUGUGAUUGUGUGUUUAUUCAUUGGGUCAGAGAUAUCCAGAUUGUUCUUGUGAUGGGCAAUUCAGGGGUAAAUCCUUUCGUGUAUGCGUGGAGAUUAGAAAAUUUCCGCAAAGCUUUCAAGAACAUGCUGGACUGCCAUGCU